CUCCCUCCCUCUCGCAGCUCCAGGCGCGAUGGCGGAGCUCAAACUCUCACGACAGAAAACCCUUUAUAUAUCUCUCGACCUAGAGCUUAUAACUGCGCAUUGGGGCUUUAUAUACCCUAGGGUGCGCUAUAAAGCCCCCUUUCUUCCCCGCUCGAUCCAUCGCAGUGCUCGAUCCGAGGAGCUGAGGAGCGGCCGCUGCUGCUGCGCACGCGAUCGCGGCUCCAGCUUCGAAAUGUUUAAGAAGUUUAGCCAGGAAGAGGUAACCGCGCAGAAUCAGGUGAAAGCCUCCGUUCAAAGAAAAAUCCGGCAAAGCGUUGCUGAAGAGUAUCCAGAGUUGGAGCCCGUGCUUGAUGAUAUCCUGCCGAAAAAAUCUCCGGUCAUCGUUGCUAAAUGCCAGAACCAUGUCAACCUGAUACUCGUCAACAAUGUGCCGCUCUUCUUCAACGUCCGAGACGGUCCUUACAUGCCAACCUUGAGGCUCCUCCACCAAUACCCAACCGUGAUGAAGAAGCUCCAAGUUGACAGAGGAGCCAUCAAGUUCGUCCUCGCAGGAGCAAAUAUCAUGUGUCCCGGACUGACAUCUCCUGGAGGUGGCUUGGACGAAAGUGUGGCAGCCGAGGCACCUGUGGCCAUAAUGGCGGAAGGCAAGCAGCACGCGCUUGCGAUAGGCUUCACGAAAAUGUCUGCUCUCGACAUAAAGAAUAUCAACAAAGGGAUUGGAGUGGACAAUAUGCACUAUCUCAACGAUGGACUCUGGAAGACGCAGCAACUCAAUUGAGACGACCCCGCGAGAAACUUAGACGAAGAGACGAAGACGAGAGCUUUUCUUUCUAGAACACCGUAAGAUGUUUCUCUUUCCGGAUUGAAGCGUAGAUGUUUGAUAGAAGGACGUAAACUCCAGAGCCCUCGGGAUCCAGUGCUAGUGCCUGUUUUGCAGCGCUAGCUCCUCGCUGGAAAUCGCCUUGAGUUUUGCAAGCUCCCAAUAAAGUCGUCCACACGGUGGUAUUCGGUCGA